GGAAGUAAACUUCCGGUUACACAUACAUGUGCUGCAACAACAAGUCAUGGAGAUUGCCAAGGUUUUGUGCUUAUUAACGAUGGCUGUGUCAUCACUUCGGUUUGUUGCUUCAUGGCCGUAUGAUGACAGCGGUUUCUCAAAAGACACCUACCUGUUACCAGCACUGCCAUAUGGCUAUGGUGCUCUAGAGCCUCACAUGGACGAAGCAACGGUGAAGGUUCACCACCAGGGGCAUCAUGCAGCCUACACAGCCAAGAUGAAUGCUGCAUUAAAACAAUGGAGAAGUGAGGCUGCAGGAGACAAGUUUGCCAAUAGUUCCAUUUUAAACAUUCUUCAAAAACUGUCUCAUGUUCCUGAAAAAUAUCGGAUGACUUUGAGAAACAAUGGAGGCGGGUAUUUCAACCAUGCUAUAUACUGGGCCUGUAUGUCUCCCAAGGGUGCAAGAAUAAGUCCAGGUCUAGAAAAAGAUAUAAAAGAUAAUUUUGGGACAUAUGAAAAUUUUAAAGAGCAGUUUACAGCAAAGAGCUUGUCUUUGUUUGGUUCAGGAUAUGUCUGGCUAUCAAGAGAUCAAGAUGGUAAACUUAUUAUUUCCACAACAGCCAAUCAGGACUCGCCUGUGACUGAAAGGCUCCACCCAAUUCUGGUGAUUGACAUUUGGUAGCAUGCAUACUACUUAAAACACCAAAACAAACGGGCAAACUUUGUGGAAGCUUGGUGGAACUUGGUUGACUGGAGAGCUGUGGAAACACUUGACACGUGGUGGAAGGGACGGCAGACACGUGAUGAGUUAUAGGCCAUUUUCACAGUAUCGUGUGGAUGAAAAACUGAAGGAUUGCAGUCCCAUUGAUAAGCUUCCUGAAGUUGUGUUAUUUUGCACUCAUUUUGGAUUUUUAAGUUCAUGAGUUUUAAUUGAGAUGAUAUGUGAUAUCGCUUUAUAAACUACAUUGUAUUAUGAAUUGUGGACCUUCAACAUCUCCCAUCUGAAGUGCUAGUGAAUGUACCGUAAUAUGUCAAUUGAGUGACAGUAUAUUGUACAUGUAUGGUAAAAAAAACCUCCAAGAUAAAUUGUAUCUGGAAUAAUU